CCCUAAAAGCUAGGACAUCCUCACAGUCUGAUCCAUUUGCCACUGAGAUAAGGAAGACAACUGAUGAUUCCAUAUCUAAAGUCCUAGACUGGUUCAAUCGAAGUUCUCAUUCAGAAGACAAUAAGUCAUCUCUCCAACAUCCCCAAGGAGUAGAGCCCAAAGAAGAAACAGACUCAGAAUCACAGAUUGCUACUACCUUGGUGACAGAUGACACCAGUGUAAAACAAAAUGGCUCAAAGCCUCUAUUAUCUGCCAAAGUUAAACUGACACCUAUGGAAUCUGUUUUGACAUUCCAGGGAAAGGGAAAUAUGCUACCUUCUGGAAAUUGCCAAAAUAAUAAUGUGAAUAUCAAACACAAAUCUAUUAAUUUUCCCCAAAAAGGCAAGGAAGGUCUAGGCAUAUUGCAAUCAUGUGAAGUCUACGAUCCAAAUCAGGGGAGUAAAACUAUGGACUAUAGACAAGGUUCAAAACACAUAGGAGAAGGAAAUCAGGUACUUCCCCCAACCAAUAACUAUUCCUACAGUGCUCUCACAGGACUUGAUGCAGAAGACCAAGUUCCAUGCAACAUUGAGGAUGUUGGCACCUUAGGUGAAGAAGAGCCUAAGCUUCAUGUUUAUGAGAAAAAUAGAGGAAACUCAGAAGUGAAUUUUGACUCUUCAACACUUGUCAAAGAACCAAAUUUGAAGUACAACAUGAAGACAGAGAAAAAGAGUAAAGAAGAAGAUACAUACAUCCUGAAAGCUUCCUUAGAGCCAGAGUAUAUUGAGUCACUACGUGGGAUUACCAAAGACAAAUCUUGGAAGAAGCCUGAGGUCCAAUUGCAGGAAGCUGGUGAGGUUCCCAAGAACCAAGUGCAAAGAGAGAAAUACAAAAGAGUAAGUGACAGAAUCUCUUUCUGGGAAGGUGAGAAAGCUGCUGCUAAGUUAACUCAUAAAGAACCCACAUCAUCAUGCAGUCAACGGCAACCUUCUGCUAAAGCAUAUCAGCUUGUGAAGUCCAUGGACAAUUUAUCCACAGGCCAGACUGAAUAUAGUCAAGUCACUAGCAAACAAGUGGUCAUAGAUGCCAAUGGCCCCAUAGCCCAUCUCUCCAGCUUUUAUUCCUCGAAUAAACCUAAAGAGACCAGGCCUCAGAUACCAGGUCCAUCAAAAAAUUGUCCUUCAGUUGACCAGACAGGUGAAGUGUCCCCAUUUAAUCAGAAUAAGAUAAAUGAGCCUAUAAAAAGGUUGCCAGAGGCAGAGAGUUCACAUCAUAAAAGGGAUAUUACUUUACCAUCACGGCAACAUCCUUCAGGUGUUGAGAGUGGAAUACAUACCCCUUUGGAGAGAGACAGAUCCCUAACUGGUGAAUUAAAUCCCAACUUUACAGUUAUGUCCCUGAAAGAAAGAAUGGAUGAACCCAGUACGGAACAGGUCUAUAAUCACUCUCAAUUUGAGAAUUUGAGAAAGUUUUGGGAUUUAGGAGCCAAUACAAAUAGUCAAGACAACGUUGAGAAAAAUACUACCAUCGUAAGCCAAAAACAUUUGGUGCCUUUUAAUAGCCAGAAACACAAAGAAGUCAGUGACAUUAAAUCAUCAGGAAAAAAUAUCCAUGAAAUAGGGACACUUCCAGGCAAAAAAAAAAUUCCAGCAAGAGAGGAAACUGAGGAAUUAAAUUCAAAGUACGCACUCCAGGUGUUACCAGAUGAAACCACAUUUCCAUUGAGACCAUCCAAAAAGUCUGCUCAUCAGUUGCCAGGAAAUGAGUCAUCAAAGGAAAAUGUGAAAAAGAAUAUGGAAUGGUUUGUUACACCAGUAUUCAAGGAAGAAAAGGAUUACUCAGACCAAGAGAUUCAAGAGUCAAUAGUUAAAACAAGUGUUUUGUCUAAAGACUGCAAUGACGCUUUUAAUGACAACUUACAGAAGCUACUUUUGGAAGCUUCAUCACCAGCCAUGCAAACUUCUGGUGGAAAAGUUCAUGAAAAACAAGUGCCUGAACGAGAUAUUUCUGGAAAUAAAACAUGGCCUCACAAUACAGAUUUUGCUGAUACUGAGGAAGAAGUUAGAGGACAUAAGGAGAUCAUUAAUGAGCAUGUAGACAAAACAGUAGCUCCUCCAAAGGUCAAACCAAACACUUUGACUGCUAGUCUAGACAAACUCCUGAAGGAAGCGACUGGAACUUCACCUUCUCCCUUACCAACUGUGUUAAAACCUGUUACCACUAAGAUGAAUGCUGAACGUGAAAAGAGUAGAGUUUAUGAAAAAGGGAUAGAAUGGAGUGACAACACAUCAGCCUAUCAGAAAGAGAUAAUAGCUCCUUUUCCAAAAGGGGAAGAAACUUUGGGAAAUGCAGCUCUCCCCCAGAAAGCUGAAAGUGGUUCAGAAGAAGAACCCAGUUCUGUCUUGAAAACUUUGGAAAAGAGUGCUACUAGGAAAAUGACUUCCAAAAGUCUAGAAGACAUUUCAUCAGAUUCACCAAAUCAAGCAAAAGUAGAUAAUCUGCCAGAAGAAUUAGUACGUAGUGCUGAAGAUGAUCAAAAAGCAGAUCAGGAACCAGAUACAAAUGAAUGCAUACAAGGAAUUUCCACAGUGCCUUCACAGCCUGAUAAUCAGUUUUCCCACCCUGACAAACUCAAAAGGAUGAGCAAGUCCGUUCCAGCAUUUCUCCAAGAUGAGAGUGAUGACAGAGAAACAGAUACAGCAUCAGAAAGCAGUUACCAGCUCAGCAGACACAAGAAGAGCCCAAGCUCUCUAACCAAUCUUAGCAGCUCCUCUGGCAUGACGUCCCUGUCUUCUGUGAGCGGCAGUGUGAUGAGCGUUUACAGUGGAGACUUUGGCAAUCUGGAAGUGAAAGGAAAUAUUCAGUUUGCAAUCGACUAUGUGGACUCACUGAAGGAGUUGCAUGUCUUUGUGGCCCAGUGUAAAGACUUAGCAGCAGCAGAUGUUAAAAAACAGCGCUCAGACCCAUAUGUAAAGACCUAUUUGUUACCAGACAAGGGCAAGAUGGGCAAGAAGAAAACACUUGUAGUGAAGAAGACUUUGAAUCCUGUGUAUAAUGAGAUACUACGGUAUAAGGUCGAAAAGCAAAUCUUAAAAACACAAAAGCUGAACCUGUCCGUUUGGCAUCGGGAUACAUUUAAGCGCAAUAGUUUUCUAGGGGAAGUAGAACUUGACUUGGAAACUUGGGACUGGGACAACAAACAGAAUAAACAACUGAAGUGGUACCCACUGAAGCGAAAGACAGCACCAGUUGCCCUUGAAGCAGAAAACAGAGGUGAAAUGAAGUUAGCUCUCCAGUAUGUCCCAGAGCCAUUUCCUGGUAAAAAGCUUCCUACAACCGGAGAAGUGCACAUCUGGGUGAAGGAAUGUCUCGACCUACCACUACUAAGGGGCAGCCAUCUAAAUUCUUUUGUUAAAUGUAUCAUCCUUCCAGAUACAAGUAGGAAAAGUCGCCAAAAGACGAGAGCUGUAGGGAAAACCACCAACCCUGUCUUCAACCACACCAUGGUGUAUGAUGGGUUCAGGCCUGAAGAUCUGACAGAAGCCUGUGUAGAGCUUACUGUCUGGGACCAUUACAAAUUAACCAACCAGUUUUUGGGAGGUCUUCGGAUUGGCUUUGGAACAGGUAAAAGCUAUGGCACUGAAGUGGAUUGGAUGGACUCUACUUCAGAGGAAGUUGCUCUCUGGGAAAAGAUGGUGAAUUCCCCCAACACUUGGAUAGAAGCAACCCUACCUCUCAGAAUGCUGUUGAUCGCCAAGAUUUCAAAAUGAACUCAAAAUCGACUGGCUCCUCCACCAAAAACUAGUAAAUAGGUGGAAUGUGAUCUUGAAAAUCUGACUGGGUAGACAGAGAUUCUCACCUGCUCCCUAUUUCCACUAACAGAUGCCACACAGCAUGUUAAAGUCAACCUGCAUGUGUUUCUUUGGUUACAAGGCCCAAGAGAUUUAAAUAAGAAUAACAUGUCUAACUUAUUUGUAAUCUCAGCGUUAAAGAAGAUAUUUGAGAAAGCUAGCAAAAUCAAAUGGUACUACUAUUUCAGAGAAAAUGCUGUCAAAAAAUAUUAAAUAUGGGGUGGUGUUAACAAGCAAAACUUUCUAUUUUGCCGUUGUGUUUCACACUACAACUUUGUGCGACAGGAGGACCUGCUUCUCAGUGGUUGAAAACCCUUGCAGGAACUGAAAAUAAAUAGUUUUUGGAAAAGAGGGAGAAAAGUACUCCUAUAAGGAAUGGGGGGGUGGGGGGAGUGUAUCAAUGAUGAUAAAGAAUUUGACCAUAAGAAAAUGAUUUACUCUAUAAUCUCUAUUAUGGUAUGAAAUUCCAUGUUAGGGCAUUGAGACUGAAUUUACUGCAUGUAUUUCUUUCUGCCUUUGAAACUGCUUUCCUUCCCCCGCCCUCCCCCACCCCGCCCUAGUAUAAGUCUCAGAUGUGCUUUGGUGCCACCUACUGGCUCAUAGGUGGAAUUCAGUUUUUGGCGUAAUUUUCUCCUAACCUCUCAAGCCUGUAUUUUGUAAUAGACAAUGUGAAAAAAAAACAAAAACAAAACAAAACAAACAAAAAAACCCCCCAAAACCUUGCAUAUAUAAGAUUCUGGUUUUCUUAUAACUCUGAUAUAUGAAAUUAGCAUGAGAGUGGUCACAGGCAUGUUUUGCAACAAAGUUUUAAUUAGAAUGUAAAUUGUUAAACUUUGCUUCUAUGUAUAAUUUUCAUAAAGUAUUUUGUAAAAACCCUUAGAAUAAAUUAUGAUAUGAUUUAA